GAGCCGCAAAUGGGAAGAAAGAUUCUCAGACUAGGCUUGAUAUACCCGCAGCCACCAUUUAACAGGGCCCGCAGAGCAGUUACGGUUUGACACCCGACCCUCCCGGACCGCCUCCUUUGUCCCCCGUGGGACCCCAGGCUCUGCCCGCUCGGGGCUGCUCCUUAGCUGGAUGCACGUUGCGCUCCUGGCAGCGCGGGCGCAGGGCACGCAUCCGCGCACACCCGCGCACACCGCACGCGCGCAAGGGUGACAGUCUCUACUGCAGGGGCAGAGGAGACCUCCGUUUGAACCAGGGGCCGACAGGCGUCGAGAGGCAGAGCAGUCCAUCCCAGAGACUAAUUUUCUGGAGUUUCUGCCCCUGCUCUGCGUCAGCCCUCACGUCACUUCGCCAGCAGUAGCAGAGGCGGCGGCGGCGGCUCCCGGAAUUGGGUUGGAGCCGGAGCCGGAGCCAGAGCCAGAGCCCGAGCCGGAGCCGGAGCCUCGCUGCUCCUUCUCGCGUGCGCUGUGCUCCGAGCCCGCGGCAGCAGGAGCCCAGACCCGGGCGCGGAGCCUGGUGAGCUACGCCGACUGCGCCCUUCGUUGCCUCGGCCCUCGCGGUGACCCUGGGUGGCCACAGCUGCUUCCCAGCCCCGAGGUGCGUGCCGGAUCCCUGUGCGCGUCUAGCCAGAAGUCUGCGCCUAGAGCGUCCGUCCCCUGCGCGGAGGGCCGGUCCCGGCGUGUUAACCAUGCGUCUGCGACCAAGGCCGAGCUCUGAGCGGCGUUAGCGCCCUCUGCGAAGCGUCCCGCCAUGCCCCAGCCACUGUGAACCUUGCUGCCGGCCCAGAUACACUCAACCCGGGACGAGAUCAGCUUUGGACACCCUGGACUCUGCGCGCGCGCCUGCAACAAACACAGAAGCGUCCGGAGGGCAGAAAGCGCAGGCAGGCCUCCCCCGUCAGGUCGGCAGGGAAAGCCGGCAGGUGCGACUCGGGACACACACCCGGGCUAGCACUGGCGACUAGGGAUGUUGAGCUGGACAAGGUGGCAUGGACCCGCCAUGGCGCGGCUUUGGGGCUUCUGCUGGCUGGUUGUGGGCAUCUGGAGGUCCACUCUCGCCUGUCCACAGUCCUGCAAAUGCAGUGCCUCUCGGAUUUGGUGCAGCGACCCUUCUCCUGGCAUCAUGGCAUUCCCGAGGUUGGAGCCUAACAGUGCAGACCCCGAGAACAUCACGGAAAUUUUCAUUGCAAAUCAGAAAAGGCUAGAAAUCAUCAACGAAGAUGACAUGGAAGCCUACGUGGGACUGAGAAACCUGACAAUUGUGGAUUCUGGGUUAAAAUUUGUGGCCUAUAAAGCAUUUCUGAAAAACAACAACCUACAGCACAUAAAUCUCACCCGAAAUAAACUGACGAGUUUGUCUAGGAAACAUUUCCAUCACCUUGACUUGUCUGAGCUGAUACUGGUUGGGAAUCCCUUCGCAUGCUCCUGUGGCAUUAUGUGGCUCAAGACUCUCCAAGAGAUUAAAUCCAGCUCUGAAACUCAGGAUUUGUACUGCCUAAAUGAAAGCAGCAAGAACAUCCCCCUGGCAAACCUGCAGAUACCCAACUGCGGGUUGCCGUCUGCAAAUCUGGCUGCACCUAAUCUCACUGUGGAGGAAGGGAAGUCCAUCACAUUGUCCUGCAGCGUGGCAGGAGACCCACUUCCUAAUAUGUACUGGGACGUUGGGAAUCUGGUUUCCAAGCAUAUGAAUGAAACAAGCCAGACCCAGGGCUCCUUGAAGAUAAUUAACAUUUCGGCCGAUGACAGUGGAAAGCAGAUCUCUUGUGUGGCAGAAAACCUUGUAGGAGAAGAUCAGGAUUCUGUCAAUCUCACUGUGCACUUUGCACCAACUAUCACAUUUCUCGAGUCUCCAACCUCAGACCACCACUGGUGCAUCCCAUUCACUGUGAAAGGCAACCCCAAACCAGCGCUUCAGUGGUUCUACAAUGGGGCAAUACUGAAUGAGUCCAAAUACAUCUGCACUAAAAUUCACGUUAGCAAUCACACGGAGUACCAUGGCUGCCUCCAGCUGGACAACCCUACCCACAUGAACAACGGGGACUACACCCUGAUCGCCCAAAAUGAGUACGGGAAAGAUGAGAGACAGAUCUCUGCCCACUUCAUGGGCUGGCCUGGGGACAUCGAUGGUGGGAAUCCAGAUUACCUAAGUGAACUUUAUGAAGACUGGACUGCAACGAGUGACACCACAAACAGAAGCAGUGAAACACCGUCCACGAUUCCUGACAAACCUGGCCGGGAGCAUCUCUCGGUCUACGCUGUGGUGGUGAUAGCCUCUGUAGUGGGAUUUUGCCUGCUGGUGAUGCUGUUUCUGCUUAAGUUGGCAAGACACUCCAAGUUUGGCAUGAAAGAUUUCUCAUGGUUUGGAUUUGGGAAAGUAAAAUCAAGACAAGGUGUUGGUCCAGCUUCAGUUAUCAGCAACGAUGAUGACUCUGCCAGCCCACUGCACCACAUCUCCAAUGGGAGCAACACUCCAUCUUCCUCAGAGGGAGGCCCGGAUGCUGUCAUCAUUGGAAUGACCAAGAUCCCUGUCAUUGAAAAUCCUCAGUACUUUGGCAUCACCAACAGUCAGCUCAAGCCAGACACAUUUGUUCAGCACAUCAAGCGACAUAACAUUGUUCUGAAAAGGGAGCUAGGCGAAGGAGCCUUUGGAAAAGUUUUCCUAGCUGAAUGCUAUAACCUCUGUCCUGAGCAGGAUAAGAUCUUGGUGGCAGUGAAGACACUAAAGGAUGCCAGUGACAAUGCACGCAAGGACUUCCACCGAGAGGCUGAGCUGCUGACCAACCUGCAACAUGAGCACAUCGUCAAGUUCUACGGUGUCUGUGUGGAGGGAGACCCGCUCAUAAUGGUCUUUGAGUACAUGAAGCACGGGGACCUGAACAAGUUCCUUAGGGCACAUGGACCUGAUGCAGUACUGAUGGCAGAGGGCAACCCACCCACGGAGCUGACACAGUCACAGAUGCUGCACAUUGCACAGCAGAUUGCCGCAGGCAUGGUGUACCUGGCGUCCCAGCACUUUGUGCACCGUGACCUGGCCACCCGAAACUGCCUGGUGGGGGAGAACCUGCUGGUGAAGAUCGGGGACUUUGGGAUGUCCCGGGAUGUGUACAGCACUGACUACUACAGGGUCGGUGGCCACACAAUGCUGCCCAUCCGCUGGAUGCCUCCGGAGAGCAUCAUGUAUAGGAAAUUCACCACGGAGAGUGACGUCUGGAGCCUGGGCGUUGUGUUGUGGGAGAUUUUCACCUAUGGCAAGCAGCCUUGGUACCAACUAUCAAACAAUGAGGUGAUCGAGUGCAUCACACAGGGCCGAGUCCUUCAGCGACCCCGCACAUGCCCCCAGGAGGUGUACGAGCUAAUGCUGGGGUGCUGGCAGCGGGAGCCCCACAUGAGGAAGAACAUCAAGGGCAUCCACACCCUCCUUCAGAACUUGGCCAAGGCAUCUCCCGUCUACCUGGACAUUCUCGGCUAG